UCUCUCUCUGAGACACACACCUUCCCUCCUCCACACUCUGUUACGCAGUCGGUCACACUUAGGUACGUUCAGGCUGGGUGAGCCACAGAAGAGGAAAGACGCUCAGCAGUGGAUCAGACGAACUCCAGCUCAAGUUGGGCACAGACAGUCAAACUUGCCUUAUGUGUGGCUCCUCUCAAGGCUUUACAGCCUCCUCCCCUGAAUGCACCACAGUCAUGUUAACCUCAGAGAAAUCUCCACAAAGCAUCGGAGCCACCACAGCAGAGAUGCCAGGUCCGCAGGAUGUAGAUAUGAAAUCGUGGAGCGAGACGGACUUUGAGGAGAAGUGCACUUACAUUGUGAAGGAUCAACCUCUAGAAGAAGAGUCCAAAAGUCACAAUGGCAAGGUUCGAGCUGAGAGGUCCUUACCCAGAAACCUUGCCCUGAAACGGAGCAACAACUCAACAGAGGUGCUCGGGGUGACGAGCAAAGAGCUGAUUCCCAAAGGGACGCGAUUCGGCCCUUUCGUCGGGGAAAGCUACACCAACGAAACCCUGCCGAAAAAUGCUGACCGAAGAUAUUUUUGGAGGGUGUUCUUUGACGGGCAGUUACACCACAUCCUGGAUGGUCUGAACGAGGAGAAGAGCAACUGGAUGCGCUUCGUCAACCCAGCUCGUUCGGUGGAAGAGCAGAACCUGGUUGCCUGCCAGAGUGGAUUGGAUGUCUACUUCUACACUAUCAAACCCCUUCAUCCAGGCCAGGAGCUUCUGGUGUGGUACUGCCCAGAAUUCGCCCAGCGCUGCAAGUACCCUCCUCUGGGCCAGCUGGUUGUUGAUAAAAAGGAACUGUGUCAGACUUACGAGAAAACCAAAGAGAAACGAGGCCACAGUGUUUUAGAGAUCCUCCGAGAGGAACCCUCCAAAUCUAAAUGCCCAAGACGCCUGGACAGUCCUUUGUCUCAGGCCAGUGUCUCCGCUGUUUUCCCCUUAUGUCCCAGUGUCAUCUACCCAAUACAGGCCAACUCUGAUUCUAUCCAUGGCCACAGAUAUUCCUCUUUAACCUCUAUGCCCUCAAGCAGCCCUGUGGCUACCAAAAGCCCAGCACUAAAUGGUGUCCACCUCAACUAUCACCUCAGUCAAGACCCGAUCCAAGCCAAACCUUUCCAAGAAACCUCUGUCCUUGAUCCUGUGUCUGCUCUUAGGCAUCCUUAUCUGCUGCCUCACUACUCACUUGGCCUUUUGCCACAUUCACACCCGUUCUACAGCGAUCAAAUCAAACCACACUUGGCCAUGUCAUCUAAUUUCAUGCCUUUUGAUAACUACUCACACCUCCCACAUCUUUUGGUAGGUGGAUGCAAAGACUUGGUGCUUACACCAUCAAUUUCUAAACAAGAGCUCAUGAUUUCAUCAACCAGUGAGCACAAAGACAACAGUGACCUCUACUCCCAAAAGACAAGCUACCUCAAAAAUCCCUCAAAGGACUUCAGAGAUUUCAAACACUCUGCUUGCACAGACCUCGCUAUAUCUGCUAGAGCCAGCUCUUCCCCCAUUGACAGUAAAAUCCUCAGAGUACCCUCAUCCACACCUAGGGAAUGCUCGCCACCUCUUGGCAUGGCCGCCUCUUUCAACUGCCUUUCUUCCAAAUCUACCUCUGCCUCUCAAGGCUAUACUGAAGGUGCACUGGGCCUCAGGAGUACAAAGAGAGGAGGACAGACCCUUGGCUACAAGACCCUAUCGUACCCUCUUACCAGGCAGAAUGGAAAGAUCCGGUAUGAGUGCAAUAUUUGUGGAAAGGUCUUUGGGCAGCUGUCCAAUCUCAAGGUCCAUCUGCGAGUGCACAGCGGUGAACGUCCCUUCAGGUGUCAGACCUGCAACAAGAACUUCACUCAGCUGGCACAUCUGCAAAAACACUACCUCGUUCACACGGGGGAAAAGCCCCAUGAGUGCAAGGUGUGCCAUAAGCGGUUUAGCAGCACCAGCAACUUGAAGACCCACCAGCGGCUGCACUCAGGUGAGAGGCCUUACCAAUGCAAGCUCUGCCCAGCCCGAUUUACUCAGUUCAUUCACCUCAAGCUCCACAAACGCCUGCACACAGGCGAGCGACCCCACCACUGUCCUCACUGCCCCUGUGCCUAUCUCCACUACUGCAGUCUGCAGGUACACCUCCAAGGAUUCUGCCCUCUUUCCCCCUCAGCAACCCAGAGGCUCUCUCCAGAGGAGCUGCAUCGGAUCAACUCUGAGAUAGAGCAGUUUGACUUGAGUGAGGCCGCAGAGCAGCUUGAAGCCAUGGCUACAGAGGUUAAGAUGGAAAAGGGGGAUGUCAAUGUUCUGAUGCAAAAGAUAGAGACUUGUGUCUCAUACCUGCAGGACUUUGCCAGAGGAAACACUGAGCUGAGCAUCAGAUCAGCAAAGGACUGUGCUGACGCGCAGCUGCACCGUGACUGUUCACUGCAUCUGCAACCAGCAAGCAUCAAGCUGGAGUCGGGCUGCAUUUCAGAGACUUAAGACUGACCUGCUAAUCCAACCAAAUAAUCCUCAGACGCCAACCCAGCAUCUGUCUGUCACUGUCCUAUUUGAAGUAAAGCCUUAUCUGAAUCAUGGACUUCCUGUAACUCUACAGGGAGUUUAGCUUACGAAGAGUCAAGACUUUGACAGCACUGCCUGGGAAAAGUGACUAAUUUUAAUUUAUUCAUUUGCUAAUUUGAAUCUUGACAUGUAUAAAAAUACAGAAUUGUUAUAUUUUCUUCUAUUUGUUUUGUACCUCUAGAACAUCUCAAUGUAACUACAGAGUCAGCGAAUAUGCGUAACAAUGUAACAUGGAUUUGUAGUUUCACUGUGUGAGACCGAGGGCUCUCGUUUGUGCCCGUAUUUAUAUCGACUAAUUAAAAGUGACGAUGACUG